UUUUGUGAUAUUCUUUUAUUUUUAUCUCGGGUUCGUACCACUUCCUCGCUGUUUCGGACAAAGGAAUCGACAAAGAAAAUUCCCACGCUGACGGGACGGACAGCCUGGUCUAGGGAGAUAAAGAGUGCAGACGACGACAUAAAAGAGUUCCGUGGUCCUGAUGGUUUGACAGCAUUUGAUCUGGCAUCAUCUGUUGUAUCCGACACCCUGAUAUCUAUACCGUCUCUACGGCAUCAGCAUCAUCAGCACCAUUCCAUCCUCUCCAUAUCCCACAUCACAACACAUUACAACACAACGGCCAGACAAAUGGACCUCUCCACGCUCGAAGGCCCUCCCAUCCUCGAUCACUCCCCGGCCAGAGACCCCCCGUCGAUGCGUCUCGACGCCCUCCCCUCCUUAGGACUCCCUCCACGACCCGCCUCCGCAGACGCCCUCUCACGCAUCUACUCCCUACAAUCGCAACCGCAAUCCCAGUCCCAACCACACACCUCCUCGCACAGCUAUUCACGCUCCCAAUCCCAUCUCGUCCCCUACCCGCAAGCCCCCCUCUACCCGACCUCCAACCCGGACAGCAACCUCUCGCCACACUACCGCCGCGCCCGCACCCCCAGCCCAACUCCCAUCUCGUGGGCCUCGUCCUCGCCUGGUUCUGCUUCUUCCAGUCCCAAUAAUAACAGGCCACGAAGGGCUCCGUCCCCUCACCGGCUGAUCUGGCUCGACGCGGAGAAAAGCUGGGUUAUUCUCUCUGAGGGUCAAACUUCGGUGUAUACGCCUGCUUCUCAUGGAUGCAACUGUGGCGGAGGGAGCGGUGGAAUGAGUGCGAACAUGUCCGCUACGAACUUGAACGCGGGCAUGUACCCACACUCCCACUCCCAGCCCCAUGGAUAUGGACAUUCGCAUCCCCAGCCAAGAUCUACGAGACUACCUACCAUGAACAUCAACCCCGCCGCAGACCUCUACCCGCCUCCGAUGGUAGACGCGCCGCCGCCAUACGAACACCACGUCUUCGACAGUCCGCUCGUGCAGGUCCACGGGCCCGGAAGUGGGAGUCGGCGCCGACGAGGCGAGUCCUUCGCUGACUCGGUUUCUGGAUCUGGGUCUGGGUCUGAGGGGGAGCCGUCGCGAGGUCGGACUGGGGGGUCGAGGUGGACGGCGGUGGCGAGACGGUUGAGGGCUUCGCCGGUUAGAUGA